CGAUCUCUCUCCCCUCUCUCUCAGUCUCUCUCUCUCUCUGUUUUUCUCUCUCUCCUCUGCCUCUCUGUGUCUUUUUCUCUCCCCUCUCUGUCUUUUUUCUCUCUGUCGCUCUCCAUUGAACACGUUUAUCAAUACGGGUGACUCCACCGCGUGAUCUGGAUAUGAUGGUGUAUAUCGUUGAUACCUACAUGUGAAAUGACACCCGUGUGUGUUGGAAGUCGUCUGGUUUGUAAAAUUAUGUUGUGUCUGACAAUUUCUGGAGGUUUCCCUUCAUGUUUGUCUAAGUAAAAUACGUGUGUGUACAUAUCUCUUGUAUGCAGAAAGUACUGAAGAAGGAAAAAAUCGAACCCUUUACACGGUAAAAGACAUCUUAUUUUAUGGCCUACUUUGAACCAAGAGGGAAUAUUUACAUAAAAUAUUAAAGCCUGAGUGUCUUCUAGAAGUACAGUAACGCUUAUCAAUAUAUUUAUUUUGUGUUCAAUAAAUACCAGUAUAUACUCCUACAGAACUCGAUUUCUAACCAAUUCAAAGUCAUUUACAGAAUAAACAUUCAAAGCUGAAUAUGUUUCACAAAUAGAUAAUAUAUCUGUAUAUAUAAAUGUAUAUAUAGUUACAAUCAUAUCACGGUAACCCCAACAUGCACCAAAAUCUCAAAUGGAUUAAAUGUGGAAGUUUCGAAGGGAAAAUUAAAUACCCUGCAAAUAAUAAAGUGGCAUUUUAUUUCCUAUUGCCAUUCAACUAGAUUUUAAUGCUAAUGUAAUUAGAAAUUUAUUCCGAUAUUUUUUGCACACACAUAAAUGUGCACAUUAAGUAGAUCUAAUCUUCGUAAGACCGUAUCGAAUGACGAUAUAUACAAGAUUAAUGUCUUAAUCGGAAAUAUACAUGUAUUGACGGUAGAAAAUGGCUAGAAGGGGGCUCCUUGUGCGUGAAACUGCAUACUUUGCAAUUGAUUCUUGGUAAAAAGCCUGAUCAACGAUGUCCUUAAUGUUACGUCUCUAUAGAAGUUUUAACCGAAAAGGAAUUUCACCUUAAAACCCGUUUUUGACAAUAUCGAUUAUAUAUAAUGAAUACGACAUGUUUGUAUCGAUUCUGUGGGUGUUUUUCAUUAACAUUCUAAUUUCAUCACAGCCACAUGUAACAUAAUUUCUUUUUAUUUACCGUGCAUAUGAAAGGGUUACCCUAAAGCUAUUAGCUUACUACGCGCGAUGGUGCUUUUAUUUAACGUUUUGAUAUUGGAUGUAAAAAUCAGGAUACUUGUCUUUCAUGUAAGAGUGUAUCACCGUUGAAAAAUAUCUCUUUGGGGAACAAAAAUUACCGUUGAGUGCUAUUUUCAGAUUGAAUGUACUUGUUCCAAAUCCAGUUACCCUAAAGGUAGAAGGCGAGAGACAUGAAAUCUGUACCACAGUCCAACUUUUACGAUUGAUUUCCUACUUUCCUGUGUGCUUUAGUUGUUAAUUUUAUCUCUAUCUCCCCGCCCACCCCGCGAAACUAUGUCGCCAUCCCGUUCAGACCCGAGUUUUACUGUCCCUUGGUAUCAAUACAACGUCCCUCCUCCGCCAUCGGGGGUAACAUUGUUUAGAGAGGCAGUAUAUCGAGAAUUGCGACAAAGAUGCAAGAAAGUCUUUCAGUCAUGUGAAAUAGACAUUGUAAAUAUGGGUUUUUAUUUCCUAUAGAAAUCAGCAUGAGGUUAAGAGGUGAGAAUUCUGGUAAACAAAUUGUUAAGGAGCUUUGAAGAUAUAAGUACCCAGGACAAAUUGUCUGCCCAGGAAUUAUUUUGUACAAUGUAAAUGCAUGCUGAGCUUCUUUUUCAUUCUGUCAACCUUUGAUGUUUUCUAAGUUAUCAAUCCAUUUUACGAUAUCCUCUCUCCCGUGUGUUACACCCAUCGCGUGUGCGGAGCCAUCAGGUAAACAUCGCACGUGCACUGGAGCCGGCAGGUAAACACGACACGUGUAGAUAGGCACGUCAGUAUCCAUUUAAGGCAUCUCCCCUCUGCUAAUUGCUUUUCGGUUCCUGAAAAUUGCUUUUCAUUGUAGAAAUAUGUAUUCGACAUUCUAUACAUGAUUAAUAAAAAUCGGUCUGCGCGCGUGCAAUAAGAGGCAUAUGUUGAAACUGCUAAUUAGCAAUGAGCAUGUGUCCGUCCUACAUUAUUAAUUAACAGACAUAAAAGGUAGGAAUGCGAGGAACAUGGGUGACGCGAAUAGAAAGUCUAUAAGUAAAUGUACUGAAAACAAUGCCUUCUAUGCACGGUAUAGCUCUCUUUAACAUCUGUCUAUUCAUAUACAUGUCAUUCUUAGGCACUUUGAUUCAUGAUUAUUUGUAUUUGCUAAUGACACAGCAUGAAAAUCAGAACAUAAGUUAAUUACAAACUCAAACUUUGAAUUUGAUUUAAUUUCCCCAUUAUUCAAUCUGUUGAAAAUGGAUCCGCCAAGAGGAUUUCAUGAUCCACCUACAUAAAUAUUUGCUCUUUCUGACGAUGUAAAAUAAUUGAUUCAAAACAAUGUUGUCAAGAGUUUUUUGUUGUCUUUUUGAGAUGCUUUCUAAAGAUAAUUUAAUCUGAAGGGUCGUUAGUCAAACAGAGACUUCCGUUGGCUCAGAGAUUGUUGAAACGAGGUCAGGCAAUACCAGGUACAGGCUACGGCAUUUGUAAGGUCCUGUAAUCAACUUUGAUUAUUUUAGGACCUUUUAAGGUGACAAGGCAAAGUGUUGGCCAUUUCCGAUCACCUUCCGCCUUUUGUUUUUAACAAUGGGUGUAACUGCCAAGUACACAAUGUGUACAUAUUUGUGUUUCACUUUGAAACUCCCUGCAUAAAGAACUGAAAAUGCUGUUCUUCUUGUCAAAAGAGCUAACAAUUAGUUAUAAAAACUGGAAAAGGACAUCCAGGGUGGUUUUGACUUGUUUUAGGGGGGGUGGGGUGAAUUUUUUAUUAAUUUUGUAAGUACACCUUCAAUUAGAUUUUUAUUCCAUCGAUUCCUAAUGUCUUGAAAUAGACUUUGUGAUUUAUGGCCUGUGCAUUUGAUAUGGUGAAAGAUUGUGAAUGAAUUAAUUUUGGCUAAUUAAUAUACAUUAAAUGCGUCGUUGGACUGUGUAACAGGGAAUACUAAUUGCAGUCAUGUAUGACUUUGCACCGGUAGUCUCCAUUAAUGUCUCGCCACAAAGUUACACGUGCAGUCAUGAAAUGCCAAUUUCGCAAACUAUGCAAAAGGUGCUAUACCGCGGUUUGCAAAUCAACAGUCCUUCAGUUCUUGGUCAUUUGCUUUGAAAUUUGGCACAAUAUCACUUCUUAACACUCCCAUCUCUCUAUCUCGUUGUAUGUGUGCAAUAUUUAUUUUCAAACAGUGAAUUGUUAAAACAAUCAAAGUGACACCCACCCAUCCUUCCCCCGAAAAAAUAAGAGCCGUCUGUGAUAAAAGUGAAUUUAAUUUGUAGGUCAAGUAUUGUUUUUGCACCUGCUUGUUUUUUUGAGAUACCUUCAUUAACAAGGUUGCCAAACGUUCAUUUCCAAAUACCUUGUUUGACAAAUUUUCCCACUUCCCUCAUCAAAAUUCCUCUAACUGGGACUGUCAACAUGAAAUGUAAAAUCCAUCCGCUAACCUGCCAGAGAUGCUGCCAUUGAAAUUCGAUUGAUUUCAAUUAAAUACGCGAGUUACAGGUUUGUUAUUUGUUCGGAGUUCAUUGUUCCUGGGAGACGUAAACUGCUACUUUAAGUUGACACUCGCAACUUUUUCAUUUGUAUUAAAUUCACAACACUUCGCGAUAAGAGAAUUUCUGAUUCUUUCGCUACAUAUGAAGUGUAUAUAUACACCUGAGAGAUUAAGGAAAGUAUGCUGGGGUGCUAGCACGUUCCUCAUAUGUGACGGACAAAAUAAGGGGGGGGGGGGGGGGUCCACCAAAGUCCUCAAGAAGUUUUAAACAUUUCAUACGGAACAUAAUACAGUCAGUCGGGGCUUUGGUCAUUACAACCAUUUCUCAGAGAGAGAGAGAGAGAGAGAGAGAGAGAGAGAGAGAGAGAAAACUGGUGUACAAUACAUUUCAUUGAUUUUUAAAGAUAUGAUUAUGUUUACAGUAUUUUGAUAUUUCACAUUUGGAUAAAAAAAAAACUAGCCCAGAAGACAAGGUAUUUAACUUUUGUCUUAAAUUUCACACUGAAUGAAAAAUAACACCGUAAAAGCCUUUUUUCAAAUUAAUGUUUUGUCCUCUCGAAUCCCGAAGAAAACACAAAAAUUUGACAGGUUACAACAGGCCUAGUGUAGAACAAAGUGUUGCAGGGACUUUUUAUUUCAUAACCGUUUACUAAUGGUUUCAUUUAAAACUUGUGUGCUUUACUAAAAAAAAUUUUUAUUGAAAAAUCAAAUGAAAGUUGAGAUUUACAUAAAUCAGAUGUAUCGCAAAUUUGAUCUUUCGUAACAUUUCCAUAUUGUUUAUUUUAUUCUUUUAUGCUUUAAAAUGAAGACAGAAUCCUCCCACCACGUCAAUAAUGGGUUGUUUUUAUAUGUAUAGUGUGCACCUGUAUCGAUUAUUUACAAUUAUUUGCCGAUGUAUAUUUCGGAAGAAGGCGUGGUUGACAUGUUUAGGUAAUUGGAACAGCUUUUGUGCAGGUGUCACAAUGUAAUUAUACCAGACUUUUCUUCUCAUCGAUAUAUUUCCUUCACUGCCUUCCUACUGCAAUAGUCGAACUUCAUGUAACCUUCUCUGAUUGUCACAACCCUUCUUUAAGAUAGAAAAAUUGGAUACAUAGAAAUUCUCUCGCGGACCUCAUACAAAGCGAAGCAAUACCCAUUGACAAUUAGCCAUUUGGGGAAGGGUGGUGAUUUGACCCUUCUUGCUGUGUGUGUCAGUACGAAGAAUAGAGAAACGUGUCAGAAGAUGAGAGGGUCGAGAAUAUCGUUGGUUGGGGUGACGCGAGGGGUAAUCUUUGUUGAUAAGUUGUUUUAAGUACCAUUCGAGAAUUUCUCACCCAUGUAGACACUUUACUAGCUGCAGAUGAUGGGCCACAAAUUUCGACCCAUGCAUAGCGCUCACGGUUGUACAUGUAGCAGUGAAUGUUCUUUACUUUACUCACAGUCUGCCAUGAUAUAAGUUCGUUUUAAAGAUCAUAUCCGAUAGAGCCGUGACUUUCACUUCUAAUGUCGAGUGUUUGGUGAAGGAACAAUCACUACUUAUGUUCAAGGUGUGACGUGACGCUGAGAUCGAACCCGAGACCUCACUGUUGUGACGUGACGUUGCGAUAGAACCCGAGACCUCACUGUUAUGAUGUAACGCUGAGAUCGAACUCGAGACCUUACUGUUGUGACGUGACGCUGAGAUCGAACCCGAGACCUCACUGUUGUGACGUGACGUUGCGAUAGAACCCGAGACCUCACUGUUAUGAUGUAACGCUGAGAUCGAACUCGAGACCUUACUGUUGUGACGUGACGCUGAGAUCUAACCGUGACCUCACUGUUGUGACGUGACGCUGAGAUCGAACCCGAGACCUCCCUGUUGUGACGUGACGCUGAGAUCAAACCCGAGAUCUCACUGUUGCGAAGCCAGCGUCCUAACCACAAGGCAAUAGCGACUGGUCACGAGGCGCAAUGUGGGGCUAGAUUAUCGAUAUCAUCACGAGAGGCAAGAUUAUCAAUAUCAUCACAAGGGCAAUGUGGGGCUAGAUUAUCAAUAUCAUCACAAGGAGCAAUGUGGGGCUAGUUUAUCAAUAUCAUCACAAGGGCAAUGUGGGGCUAGAUUAUCAAUAUUGUCACAAGGAGCAAUGUGGGGCUAGUUUAUCAAUAUUGUCACGAGGAGCAAUGUGGGGCUAGAUUAUCAAUAUCAUCACGAGGGGCAAUGUGGGGCUAGACUGUCGAUAAAUGUAUCACAAGGAAUACAUUUGGCUACUACAACCAAAUCGAACAUUAAUUCCUUUUCUGCGUAUUAGAUUUUGUUAUUUAUUUCGUUUUGACCUUACCAAUGUAGUUCAUACCAAGUGGUAAUUUGUAGACAGACAGCAAAUAACUUGAAAGUGAAAGGUCUGAUUCUGUAAAGACAAAGGCCUUCAUUCUUGAUCUACUCGUUCUGGAAACUUAAUCUUAAACGAAUCUGGAUUGCUGAAGAAAUGUCUCCUGAUCAAGUCCAUGUUUCACAACAUUUAUUCAAAUCGGAGUAACCUUGUAUACUUAACCGAUAAACUUUUUGUUAUCUGCUAUCAAAGGUUUUUGAUUUUGCCGAUAUCAAAUGUAGACUAUUUGACUCUUUAAUGUGUGGUCCUGGGAGAAAGAAAUAUAUUUCUGUAUGGUAGUAUGAAAGGGGAUGAUUUAGUUCAUAAAAAACAUUAAAAAUCGAUUAUAACAGUUAACAUCAACUGAUUGUAUCGUUAAAGGCUAGAUUUUAAAAGAUAUUCCAAAAAUAAGGAUAAAAAAGGAAAUUGCAAUUAUGCAAACAUACAAUUGUUCUCUAAGUUCAAAUAAGGAAUAGGUUUAUUUUCAAGUUCCACCAAUUUAUAAUAAAUGGUUUGUAUGGUAUGAGAGAGGCGGGUUUGAGAAAGAUAAAAAAAAUAUUCUAUUUGUCCGCAGAGUCAAAAGAAAGACCAAAAAUCAAAAUCAAAUGACGAGCAAUUAAACCUCAAACCGGACCCAAAUCUCUGAAAUGGAAUUUGAGAAAUUCAUUGAAAAGAGCAAAAGUAGUUUUUAGUACGCUGAGAGGAAGUGGGUCUAGUACGAUUAGGGGUCUGGUCAAUGUUUGUAUAUGCGUCAUUAUCUAUUGCAAAUAAACAAGGUACCGUAAUAACACUGAUAUUAUAAUCAAAGGGAUAGGAAAAGUACGCAGCUACUAACACCACCAUUGUCAAGACAGAACAAAUUAUUAUUGGAUGUUCCACAUACACACAAGAUUCUUUAAUGUGGAUAAGUUUGAGCGUCUUUAAUAUAGUCUACGUGAACGGGAACUCUUUUGUCGUGGUCGUGCUUAAAAAUAUCGGCACCUGACGGGGUCCUUAAUUUCACCGUGGACAGUGAAAUCUAAUUAAGCAUACUUAUGUAGGGGUAGAUUUCUAAUUAGUGGUAGAUUUUCACCACGGGUAGCAAGGCAAAUCCUCUAAGUGUACCAAAGACACUUGUUUAUGAACAAAUCGGAUUGAAAACUUAAGUACUUAUCAUAUGUAAAAAAUAAUAACACACAAGUGAGGACAUGUAUAUUUAGUACACCGUAUAUAAGGAUUGUGCUAUUACAACAUGUCUCUCCCCCGAAAACAACAACCCCAGUAUCUGGUAUCAAGAUAACGAUGAAAAUGAUAGGAAGUUUUGAAAUUAUGCAGAUAAGCAUUAGGCGUUACGCGUGGUUACAAGUCAAUCAUCAUUUUAAUACCUCGUAAAAGGAAGACACAUACAGUGUUGAAUCCAGCACUGGCUGACAAGCGAAAUGAUUUCAGCUUCUCCAUCGUCAACAUCCAUUAUUUAUGUAGCAAUAUUCCAUUAUCACUUGGUGUUUAUGUUUCUCAACUGAUUCGAUACACAAGAGCUUGUCCUGCGUAUGGUCAGCUUUUACGGUCUCGAUUAAAGUCAGCAUUUCGCAAAUUUUAUGGUCAUUAUAACGAUCUAAUCUACUAAUACAACCUGCCAGUGGGUAAAAUGCUGUUUGACGUGUUAUAACAAUUUAAGCCUUUCUUUGCUCUCUGAUUUUGACUACGGAUUACUCCGUUUACGUAAUCAAGAUAUGGGGCUCACGGUGGGUGUGACCGGUCAACAGGAAAUGCUUACUCCUCCUUGGCAUCUGUUCCCACCCUUGGUAUUUCCAGGGGUCCGUGUUUGCCCUACUCUUUACAGGAUAUAUGAGAUUGAUCACUGUUCGUUAUUUUCACUUUUUCAUGGACCAAAACAUGUCCAACCGUAAUAAAUUAUCCAUGUUACCUAUGUCUCUGUCUCAGUAGCAAUGAUAAGAAUCAAUAAAUGCCUUCUUUCUGUAAAUGUCAUGCGCUAUAUUUAGACAUAUUGAAAUCAUGCCUGCCCCCCUCGGAAGUGUGGCCGAAUGACACAUUGUUGACAAGCAGAGUAGUUAUUUAUGUUGCCCGUGUCUGGUCGUAAUAUUCUAUGUAGUGUCCUCAGAUGUAUCUGCUAGUCAUAAAUGGAAAGCUGUAAGAGAGACAAAAGACUUCAUGAGAUAGAGAGGGAGAGAACAAAUACAUCACGGACAAUCUGUUCACCUUAGCGAUUAAAUCGUAGAUGGAAAUUUUCAUUGUCAAGGUACGGUCAGCUCAGAUAAUUUAUGGCAUAGUGAAUUAGGCGAGUGUGCUUCAUAUCUUGCAUGUUAAUGAAAAAUUAAUUGAUAUUUCGAUUUGAUAAAGCGUUAGAGAGCUCCCUUCCUGUGAGAAGGUAAUAAAAGGGUCAGGUGGUAUUGACAACGAUAAUUCUCAUGUGUUGUUUGGAACAUCGUAAAUAUCAGGUAUUAAUCUUACCGCUUGUACACUAUUCAUUUCCUCCCUGGUCUUUGAUGAAUGGUAUUUGCUAAUUCAUUAGUGAUCAGAUACAAAUGUAUGGAUCUAUGGCAGGGAUUAAUGCACCUGCCGACCCAUUGUGAGACAAAUUCGAUAAGGUACCGCGCCGCACGACCAUCACGCGAGAUGCCGCCAAAACGAAAUUGAAAACAGCGCCAUCUGCAGGAAGUAUAGAUGAUACUAAGACAUUUUAUUAAGCUAUUUAUGUAUGGCAUUACAUACAGAUACUUUGAUUGUUUCAAAGAUUUUCACAAAGUGAUGUGAUGACGUAUGUUUUGAUAUUUUCUUUCAAUGACUUUUGAUAGUAUUAAUGCUUUUCGAGUGCUCUUGUCCGCUACAGUAUAAAAAACAUUAUAAAAGAAAUGUGUUAUCAAAUAGUAACGAUUCUUUUAACGAUUUCGUAUAGAAAACAAUGGUGUCAUAGAAUGUCACUCUAGAUAUUUGAUGAAGGCGUCAACUCCACAUCUUUCAAUAACGCUGCCAGGAUUUCCUCGUUCGCAAUUGUAAACACAAAAUGUUCUGUAUAAUUGUCUCAAAACUAAUACCAAAGAGCGAACCGGAGAGACUGCACCAUUGAACGUUCUUGAGAGAGUUUUUCCCCCAAUAAAUGGAUCUUCACGUGCCCUGAGAGUACUUCAUUUUCAAUCAAAAACAUGCAUACUUUGACGUAAAUUUUGAAACGGGUUUCUCGAUUGCUUUCCUUUGUAAUCAUAAGUGUUCUUGAAAAUGUUGAAUAAGAAGCCAUGACUAUUAAUAUAUUGUAUGAUCUCGGCUUAUUUUUCUCACAUGGUAUGAAGUAUUUAUCAGCCGUUCUGAGACAUGUGAAUGUUUUACGGAAAUUUCAGCAACACCUCAUAAGUAGGUAUACACUAUAGUCGAACUUUCUCCUAUUUUUUCUCUCCUUUUUUUUUUUUUUUUUUCAAAUGUUGAUUUCAAUUUUACACGCCCAAAGAUUAAUAAAGAAGAGUGUUACAAAUUGACUUUAUUUCAUUACAAGUAAUGUGACUUGCCUAUUGUUCUCGACAGUCUUUAUGCUUUCAAAAGUUCUGUCAAAUAUUAACACAAAAUGUACACACUACAAGUUCUGUAAAUCGUUACCUAUGAGCAAGUUUACUUUGUGCCAAGAUUUUCCCAAUACGUUUUUGUUGUGAAAGUACAAUGCAUUGACUUUUAAGUUUGAAUUCAAAUUUAAACCAAGUUUGAAUACAAACCCUUGUAAUAAUAAUGACCGUACAAAGAGGCAUCUAAUUUGUUUUUAGGAAUAACAUUUUCUUUUAGAAUUUUAUGAUUUAUUCAAAUGCAGGUGUCCAACUUUCAAAAGGGAGUUGAAUUCUUUUCCCCCCCUGAAUUACCCAGCAUAGCAUUGUUACAAUUGCGAAAACCUGGUAGCGGUCGUUACUGAAACGGCAAUAUCAACAAAUAUUUUUUAUCGACUUCAUUUGAUUUUUUUUUUUUUAUAAACAUUAUAUUUAAAGCGUUCCUUACUAGCCUUUGGAAUCUUGAGUUCAAAAAAAUACCAUAGAGUAGGGAUUCGAUCUGCGUUAGAAAUAUUUCUUGGAACAGGUGAAUUAAAAGUUUGCAAAGCUCUUAGUAAAUCGAAUGUAUCAUUAGCAUUAACUACAGCUCGUAAAUGCUCCAUUCAGGAAAUUAUCAUACUAGUAAACAGUUCUGUAGCUGGUUAUGCAGGUUCUGUAUUUUUUCAAUUUUAUGUAAAUUUUGCUAACGAGAGCAUGUUUUCAGCAUUUCACCUAUAAUUUAGUAUAGAAAAAAUAUACUUGUGGUCAACUAUGUCUCAGAACUGCAAUGUAUUGAGUAAACUAUAAUGAGACUCCGCAGGGGAAACCGUCAAAAUAAUGUAAAACAUAUGCACUGGCCACUAGAAUGUGUAGAUAUUGAAAAUCUUCAGUGUCUAUUAUGUUAAUUAGUGAAACUAAAACCCACUGACGCUUCCUUGUCUGAAUAGGGAAAAGGUGAAUUAUUCGUUAACGUUUGUCAUAACUCAAAUACACCUGGAGAUGGCUGAUCGGUGAGAGAGAGAGAGAGAGAGAGAGAGAGAGAGAGAGAGAGAAAUGAAUAUUAUGCAAUGUAUAUAUAUAUAAAAGAGCAUACUCUCUAGCAUUGACCAGUAUAAUCCAUCGUGAAAACACUUAGGCCUUAAAUAUAACGAAUUUUAAACAUUGCCGUCAUAUCUAAUCUUGAGGUGGAGCCAAUAAAUUCUAAUAAGAGGAUCUUGCCUUCCCAAUAAGUGAGUUACUAUGAUGACAUUGCAGACAUUUUAAAUUUAAAAAAUAUAGUCAUUGGAGGUUUUUUGUUUUUUUUUUACCAUUAAUUUCAUUUACAGAAAACCCUUUCUAUGCAUAGCAGCUUUCUUUUUAAAGUGAAAAUGUUAUGAUAAAGACAUACAAUGUGACAUUACUGCAGCUAAUAUAGCGCGUGUGUCCAGCGAACAUUUCUGUGUAAUCUGUCAAAUACUUUGUUUGAGAUGUCUAUAGAUAAUUUGUAAUAAAUGUUUAAAGAUGCGCGAAAGCAAAAACACUGCAUACGUAAAAUGCUAAGCAUAACAAAGAACACGCUCGCUGGUCUCUUGACCUGCAAAAAAUGUUCACAUAUGGGGUUAGAAAAUAGUGACCUUCAUUUCUGACGGGCUGAAACAUGACGGAAUAGGUGUUUAACGUCAUCGUCAUCUAUUAAUAUACAAUCAACAAGCGUGUCAUGUAGAAAUAUGUGGUCUUCAGCAAAAAUUACAUGAUUAAGAAUCGCUGCUCCAUAGAAGAUGUGUAUCAACUAUACCCAGGGAUUAAAAUCUGAAGGGAAAAUGAUGCGCAUCUUGUUAAGCUCCAUUUGUGUCUUGACCGCGCCAAACUGCUCCUUCACUAAACGCUCGGCAUUUAGAAGUGUGAGUCACGGGUCUUUGGGAUGAGACCUUCAAAUCCGAGGUCCCAUGUCGCGACAGGUGUUAGCACGAUAAAGAACCCUCACUGCUACGGCUGUAAGUGCUAAGCAUGGGUCUAAAUUUGUGGCACUUCACCUACAGCUGGUGACCUUUCAAUAUGAGCCACAAAUUCUCCAUUGGGACGGAAAAUUACAAACAAAAGCAGCUUCUUGCUUUCUAUGUAUCAAUGAUGUGUCGACUAUUGGAUUAAAGUGCCACCAGUUCUUCAGAUUACGAAAAAUAGAUGGAACAUUGUACUUUAUGUAGAAAUCGUCAAAAUGCAGUUGGUCGGGCUAAAAAAAUUGUAAAGAAAAUGUCAAAAUAGGUGUGUAGGCUGGGUCAUAUAUUAUACUUCUAACAGAAGCGCAUUUAUCGUGUUUCGGUUUUAUUAAUGUGUCUUGUGAAGUCCGCUUUUGUUCAUGAGGAACCAUCUGUGGUUUGUUUUUAAUCCGAUUGACGCUGCUUGCAGGAAGCUUGAAGAACGGAUGCACACAUUCGGUGCAUGUCAAUGAUUUUCUUAAUCCUUUAUCGUAGUAUACGACAUACUAUUUAUAAUAUUUCAUUCUGCUUCAUCUGACUGUUGAAUCUUCUGAUAUUGUAUAUGCAUGAAUGAUUGUGUAUUUAUUUAUCAUGCUUAUCCUGUAGGGAUCGUUGCGGAUUUCUAGAGCGGAUGUUCGACGUCUGCCGUAAAACACGGAUUGCUGUCUGUUUACGGGGACACAGCGUCUCGUUUGUUCAGAAAUACGAUAUUCCGAUAAAUCUUCGUAUCAUUUUUUAAUGAAUUUAAACGAAACAUUACAUCCAUUGAGAAUGGUUUGUGUAUAUUUAACUGAUAGGAAAUAAAAUUGUGAAGGGUUUUUUUUUUUAAAUCACAAACAGCGCAGCUUUAAUUGAUAAGCAGUCAAUAAGUCUGAUUGUGCAGUUAAUGUGAUAAGAUUACGCGCAAUGGGACAAUCCAGUUUUGUCAUUUUCAAAGUGCAUUCGUUUGUCCCCGUGAGGCCGUUUGGGCCUGGUUUACGUAUGAUAGUAGCACGAGUCUAGACCAUGUUAUAAUCGAUGGCAUCAACUCGUACCGACUCGCACAAAAAAAAACAACCCUAUGUUUAUUUGUAAACAAUCAUUGAACUAAUCAAAGCCCAUUGUCUUCAUUUUAAACGCUUAAGCAGCUUUUGUGAAAACCCAUAACAAUGAUCUAUUUUCUCAUCCCUACACCAAUACUUUUUAAAAUAGAUCAACGCAUUGAUUGCUAACAAAUUCAACUCGAAGUGAAGUCAAAAUGGGGAGAAAAGUGUGGAUUUAUGUUCUGUUUUGUGAGAGUGUCGUUUGAAGCUUUCUGUAUAAUUUAGAAUGUUGAUGAAUUGUAAAUUGUGCAGAUUUUACUUCAUUGAAAUCUAAACAGUGUACAUAUGAUUAGAGUAAUUGAUUGCACCCCCAAUGGUCGUAGUCAUAGUAAUCCAAGUCUAAAUUGUAUACGAUAUAUAUAUAUAUAUAUAUAUAUAUAUAUAUAUAUAUAUAUAUAUAUAUAUAUAUCGACUUUAACAUUAAGCAGGUUAGAUUUGGUUAUUAAUCUAAUCGCAAUAAUUCAGACCUUUCCUAAUCCUCUCACAAAUCGCCAAGAGCGUCGAUCUUGACUGGAGAUCGGCGCAAAUAUCGCGCGAAAACGCUCUUAUCGAAGACCAAUUUGAUAUAUGUCGAACAAUUAACACAUUCAUGUAAGCAGAAGAAACACUCUAGAGAUACCACAGUCCUGUACUUUGUAUCUAAGAUACGUGAAACAUCACUGAGAAGUAUUACGUCAGCUGAAUGGAACUCGAAAUGAGAAAAAAAUAUUGAAAUAUAAACAGGAAUUCAAUAGGAUUCAAUGUCUUCGUUUUCAAGUAUGAUUGACCGACAUUAGAAUAUGUAAUUGUGAUGACAUGUGUGAAAUCUACUAUCUAAUUAUACUGGAUCAUCCUUAGAAAAAUGUGUAUUUAGUUUAUUUACCAAACAUGUACAAAGAAAACAUUCAGCAUAUUACCACAAUACAAAAUGAUCCCUUUUUCAAGCAGCUUAUAAACUGAGAUUUUAUAAUCGUCUUUCCCUUUUGUGUUAAGGAGUUUUUAUGUAUAACUUUCAAUACAUGUCUGCAUUAAGAAUAUCUACUACUUCAACUGUGGAUUAAUACCCCUCGAAGAUUUUCAUUUUAUUUUCAUUGAAUUUUCUUGCCCACUCGAAGUUUUCAGAAUUAUUCAGUAACACUUCAUUUACGACAAACGCGCGCCAAACCAAUUAUGACGUUCUCUUCAAUAACGAAAUUUUAUUCAGGUUUUAAAAAAAAUGCAUCUUUUUAUCUAAUGUUUUGAUCAUUAAAAGUUAUGCUGUCAAUAGGAAAAAAUGUCGAAUGUCAAUGAAGCAAUAGCCCUACACAUAAAGAUGGUCGCGUUUCUGGCAGCAAUAAAUUUCCAGAACGGCUUUCCGAGACUAAAUAAGAUAAAACAACACGGUGAGGCAAAAUUUGAACAGUGGCACAAUAACGAAGUUAAAUCGUUCUGCACUGAAUCUUCCCCUCAAGACUGUUUAUAUUUGAUUACGAUAUUGUAUUGAAAGAACAAAGUUUAUCGUGUUCUACGCAGGCAAAGAGGACAUAUCGUGUUUACACAGCUCAACACAUUUCAUCAAGAAGAGGAAGCCUCUCAACAUCCGCUUCCAAUUCUUCCAACGAUGGAAGUAGCAUAUCCUCUAUUGGAUCAAUGAGAUCGGAAGGGGAAAACAUCAGUUUAUCAGGGAAUUCCGACAUCGAUUCCAUCAUGCUUAGCGACCCCUACCGGCUAACAGUGCAUUUUUUCGCGGAUUCGCACGAGGUGUAUCCCAUGAUGGAUAUGUAUCAACCUAUUAUUGACUGGGUGGACCCUGAUCUGCACAUUUUCAAGGUCUCGGAGAGGAUCAACGUUUGUGAGCAAAGACCACAUGAUUUGUCUUACUCGAAUUCUAGUCUCCCCAGUACAGCCGUCAUGAUAUUCCUACACGAAGAGGGAAUGGUGGGGUGUGAAAGAAUUCAAACAGCCAAAAUUCAUUUUGAAAAGUCUCCGUGGAAAUUUCAUCACUCGGAACAAGUGUCCAGGGGACGUGUCAAUCCAUAUCCCUACAACAGCCAGGACUUCUUUUAUACCUCAGAAGACCUUCCGUUGUGGGCUGUUCGACAGGUGCAUUAUGGGAAAGAGCACAUUCGAAUAGUGAUAUUUGCUAGUGAGGAAAACUGGGACGACAUGGUCCAUUUCUACAAACUCAUUAUAGGAACGGAUCCAGAUUUAUUACGAGGCGAUUUCUGCUUAUUUACGGUGCAUACUCAUACACAUUACGACAUUCAGUUUGCCUUGAAACGACUCCAAAGCGAGAUGAAACCUCGACCUCUGGAGUGCGUUAAGGUACAAUUUCGUGUGACGGACGUCGGUCAUAUUGUGCCCCUCUUUCCAAAUGUAUGUAAACCCCUUUCAGACACUCGCUGGGAAACUAGAGACCAUGACGGAAACACGAUUGUUUUAGAAGUCACGGGCUGCGUCUUGCCAUCAUCUAACAAAUCAGUGGAAAACAAUGUCACUCGUAAAAGAUCGGACAGAUCAGACACUUCCGACAGGUCUCGUGGUUCCAGUCGGUCGUCGGAAACUACAUCGAGUCAUUCCGGAAAAACGAUUGAGAUGUCUGGAUUUUAUGUAUGAAAGUUGAUUUGUUUAGUUGUGUACCUCAUUCAAUGUCUGUGAUAAUAUGUAUAUGGUAUAAUUAUGAAUGGUAUUUCCGGUCAGGUGACUAAUAGGUGUAUUGAUAGCGUGUUCGAAGAGAAAUUAUGCUUUCCUUUUUUUAAAGUAGUGUGUGUAUCUUAAUGAGGACCCACAAGACAGAAGUGCAAUACAAAUCAUUAUCUGCCAAUUAAACUGAUUUUGGACAAUAAGGAGGAAAUACUUAUUCCUUUUCUUUUGAAUUCCUCGUAUUGAUCACACAUUUUUUAUGGUAAAACGAGAGCUUCGCCAUCGAAAGACUUUUAAAUAUUUUUGAGCAUACGUUUCAAGUAUGUUUGAAAGAAUGAAUUAUCCAUUAAUUCAAAUCGUCAAAAAUAGAAAUGCCAUUCUCAAUUUACUUUAAACUGCCAAAAUUAAAUGUUAUUCAAUAUACCAGUAAUACAUUGUCAACAGAUUACAAGUAAAUGUUAAUUGUGUGUCCAAAUUUCCUCAAUUUAAGUGACUAGGGAUGAUUCAUGGCUGUAUAUUAUUUAUUACUGUAUGAUGAUCGUAACACGGUCAUGUACUCCCUAGAAAGGCCUUUAUAGCACGAUCCUCUUUGUAUGCAAAAUUACUCUUAAUUCACACAUGGAAAUAAUUAGUUCAUUUAAUCUUCCUUUACUACUCAUGAUAAAAUCACACAAUUCACAAUAAUUAUAUUAUCCGACACAAAAUUAUAUUGUUACUCCAGUUCGUAAAAUGUGUAUUAUUUUCCUAAUGAGGACCUGAAUAUAAUGGUGCAUUUUUUGUUCGUAUGAUCGCAAGAGGCGUAUAAAUUUUUUUUCGACUUGCAGUAACAUGUGGCGGUUCUGGUAUGUAUUGAUUUAUGUAACAAUGUUAUAUUUACCAGUGUUUUGGUAAUAAAUUUAAUUCCAGAUA